AGUCUCGUAGAUAGCAUACUGACUAAAGUUGUACAAUAUGUUACCGCUCAACGUGCUAGUUACCUUCGCCGCGAUCGCGACCUCCAUCUUGGGGUCGCCGACCAACUCAUCCGUAGACGACAGCUGUACAGUGACGUCUUAUGACAAAGUGGCGUCAGCGGUGUCCAGUUGCAGCAAGCUUACCAUCAACGGUAUCACGGUACCCGCAGGCGAGACCCUGACCCUCAAUCUGAAGUCAGGCGCCAGCUUGACCUUGGAAGGUACCAUCAAGUUCGGGUACCAGGAGUGGAAAGGACCUCUGAUACUUGUCAAAGGAAGCAAGGUUACCGUAACCGGUGCAUCCGGCUUCAAGUUCGACGGUGAUGGUGCCAAGUAUUGGGACGGCAAAGGUGACAAAGGCAAGGUCAAGCCCAAAUUCAUCCGUAUCCAGACCACCGGAGGUUCGGUCUUCAAGAACAUCAACUUGCUGAACUGCCCGCACCAGUGCGUGUCGAUCAACAGCGCGGACAGUACUACCCUGCAAAAUUGGGACGUCGACGUGUCCGCAGGUGACAAGGACGAGCUGGGCCACAACACCGACGGUUUCGACAUUUCCUCGUCCAAGAACAUCAACAUCGAGACGGCCACCGUCAAGAAUCAAGACGAUUGCGUCGCCAUCAACCAGGGUUCUAACAUCUACAUCUCCGGCUUGACAUGUUCGGGCGGUCACGGUCUGAGCUUGUCCGUCGGUCAGAACUCAGGAUCCGACAAUACCGUCAGCAACGUCACUUUCACCGACUGCACGGUCAAGGAUUCCCGUAACGGUAUCCACGUCAAGACCCACACCGACGGCGGUACCGGCUACAUCAAGAACGUCGUCUACAAGAAUAUUAAGAUGUCCGGCAUCAGCCGUUACGUCAUCAACGUCCAGGAAGACUACGCAGGAGGCAGCUCGACGGGCAAACCCAAGAACAACAUCCCCAUCACCGGCUUGGACAUUUCCGACGUAACUGCCUCGACAACGGGCUCUAGCUGCGUCCCCGUGUACAUUUUGUGCGCGAGCGGCGGCUGUAGCAGCUGGACCUGGAGCAAAAUUUCGUACAGCGGAAAAUACAAGAGCAACGACUGCACCGGGUACACGCCCUCAGGGUUCAGUUGUUAAUACCCUCCCCUCAAAUCAAAUAAAUACUUUCUGAGCAAAUCUUA